AUGCGCGUACACAAGCGCUUUAUCUUGCAGCGCAAUGCGCCUAUAUUGUCACGUGCAUUUGCCACUGACUACUCGACCGUUACCGCUGAGAAUAUCCGCAACGUGGCUAUUGUGGCACACGUCGACCACGGUAAGACAACUUUGGUUGAUCAAUUACUUAAACAUGGUGGCAAUACGCUCUCGGAGGAGCGUGUCAUGGACUCGAUUGAUCUAGAGCGUGAGCGUGGUAUCACCAUCAUGUCCAAGUGUACGCGCGUCGAGUACAACGGCCACGUACUGAACAUCGUCGAUACACCGGGGCACGCUGACUUUGGUGGCGAGGUGGAGCGUAUCUUAAGUAUGGUGAACGGUGUCGUUCUAGUUGUUGAUGCCACGGAAGGACCUAUGUCACAGACCAAGUUUGUGCUGACGAAGGCGUUGCAACGCGGGCUGAAGCCACUCGUAGUCAUUAACAAGGUAGACCGUGACACUAGCCGCCUCGAUGGUUCAGUGGAGAACGAGCUCUUUGACAUGUUUGUGGCACUUGAUGCCAACGAUGACCAGCUGGAUUUUCCUGUACUGUAUGCGUCUGCCAAGCAGGGCUGGGCUGUACGUGACUUGGACAAUGAAAGCGAGACGCGUGAUACGAUGCUACCGCUUCUCGACGAGAUUACUCGCUACGUGCCUGCACCUGAGUCCAACGCCGACAAGCCCUUCGCCAUGGCUGUUACUAUGAUUGGCCACGACCCGUACGUAGGUCGUCUUGCAACUGGCCUUGUCCACGCUGGAACAGUCAAGAUUGGAGACUCGAUCCAAGUGAUGAACCGUGACAGCAAGAAGCUUGAAACGGGCCGGGUCACGAAGAUGUUCGUAACCCGUGGCGUCGCAAAGUCUGAAAUCACGUCUGCAACUGCUGGUGACAUCAUUACAAUUGCUGGUGUGAACGCAUACGUGUCUGACACAAUCGCUGAUAUCGCUGUGACGGAGCCCAUUCCGUCUCCUCAGUUGGAUCCUCCUACGAUCUCGAUGACGUUUGGUGUGAACGACGCACCGACUGCAGGCAAAGACGGUAAAUUUCUCACAUCUUCUCACAUCAAGCAGCGCCUUGAGCGCGAGUGUGAGAACAAUGUUGCCAUUUCCGUCUCGCCCAGUACUUCGUCGGAAGCUUUUGACGUCCAUGGCCGUGGUGAGCUUCAGCUUGCUAUUCUGAUCGAAGAAAUGCGUCGUGAAGGUUUUGAGAUGUCCGUCUCGGCCCCACAAGUGCUAUUUCAGACCGAUCCGGAGACAAAAGAAAGGCUGGAGCCCAUCGAAGAAGUGACAGUAGAUGUCGAUUCUGACUUUUCUGGCUCGGUUAUUGACAAAAUGUCGACCCGUGGUGGUGAAAUCAUUGAGUUUAAGGAGAUGCACGACAAAGUGCGUCUUCAGUUUAAGAUCCCUAGUCGUUGCCUCAUGGGUUAUCGCAGUGAGAUUAAGACUGACACGCGUGGAAGUGGCAUUUUGAACUCAAUUUUCCACGGCUAUUCUCCCUUCCACGGUUCGGCAACUCCUCCAUCUAAGGGCAAGUUGAUCUCUUCAUCUCGAGGCACAUGCACGGCUUACGCACUUAACUCGUUGGAAGACCGUGGAGAAAUGUUUGUCAAACCUGGUGACGAGGUGUACGAGGGUAUGAUUGUGGGUGAACACAGCCGCCCCACUGACAUUGAAAUCAAUCCCACGAAAGAGAAGAAGCUCACUAAUAUGCGUGCGGCUGGCACGGAUGAAAACAUCAAGCUAUCGCCUAUCCGCCAGAUGUCUCUUGAGGAUGUAGUCGCUUAUAUUGGUGAGGACGAGAUGAUUGAUGUCUCGCCAAGUAAAAUUCGCAUGCGAAAACGUGAAUUGACUGCCAAUGGACGCAAGCGAGUGCAGGGAAAGAAAAAGUAG